UUGACGUCGCCCAAGGCGGGUGCUAUUUUGUCGUUUUGAUCGUGCGUUCUCUGCAGAUUAGAGCCUGGUUAAGACAAGUUAAGGUAACUAUUUAAGUGAUGCGACUUCUCGGCUCGCACCAGAGUCCGUGCGAUAGUGCAGCUAUGAUGAAGUAUAAGGAUCCCUUCUUUGACGAGGCGAGACUGGAGAGGAUGGAGAGCAGUUAUGUCCCAAACAACCCCAACUAUCCCGACCUGUUGCGGAGCAGUCCGUUCAAGGCAAGCGGCCAGGACUGCAGCCCUUUCAAACCAGGGACACAGGAGUACAACCCGUUUAAACCUGGAGGUCAAGAUUAUACCUCGAGGGGCGUCGAUUACAAUAUGAACGGAUUUUCACUAACAGCUUUGGAUUUAGACCCUGUGCCAAAUAUUUUACCGUUUUCAUGCGGACCCACAUACAAGGAGUUUUCUAUGUUCAAAGAGAAGAACCCUCACGACAUCGCUGAUGCCCUUCUCUCUUUGAAACACGCCGUGGUCCAUCCCCAGAUGAAUAACCAACUCUCACCCCUUUCGCCCUCCUUGACGCACUUCUCGCCAUCCAUGACGUCACCAGGGAGUCACGGGACCGUCGGCCAUGGACUCAGCCACCAAUCCCCCUACGGGGCAACAUACGGGCCCUCAUCAAGCAGCUACCCGCCGCAGUAUCCGGAACACAACGGGUCCCAAGCGACCAACAACGUGCCAUUUCCUUCAAUGAGUGUUAAUGUCUCUAUGAGCAUGAAUGUCGGCUUGCCGGGACAAAAUGGACAAGUUAACCCACACCCGCUGCAACAACAAUGGUGUAACCAGCAGCAGCACCAAAGUCCGCCACAAUUCACUCGGGAUUACUCAGCAACUCAACCCCAAUAUUCAGCCACCUUCAACGCCCAUAACCAAACGUACAGCGCAUCUUACUCGUUUGCGUCAGACUUGAGAAACAUUGCCAAUAAUGACCGGGAAAACUUACACCGGUAUCAUGAUCCGUACAGGCAAAUGAGCCAAAAGCCAUACGGCACAUCACCUAACCUAGUCCGGCGGACGAAGCUUCAACCAGGCCGCCCUGAGCCUCAAAUUGACACGGGGAAGGUGAACCUGUGUCGGAUAUGCGGCAAGACGUACGCGCGGCCAAGUACGCUAAAGACUCACAUGAGGACGCAUUCAGGCGAAAAACCGUAUAGGUGUUCAACUUGUAAUAAAUCUUUCUCACAAGCAGCGAACUUGACCGCUCAUAUCAGGACUCACUCGGGAGAGAAGCCCUUCCGGUGCCCCAUAUGUGAGCGGAGGUUCUCGCAGAGCUCCUCCGUCACGACCCAUAUGCGGACCCACAGUGGCGAGCGCCCCUACCGGUGCCGCAUGUGUAAGAAAGCGUUCUCCGACAGUUCGACUCUCACCAAACAUUUACGGAUCCAUUCGGGAGAGAAACCGUACCAGUGUAAACUUUGUUUGCUGCGGUUUUCGCAGUCAGGGAAUUUGAAUCGGCACAUGAGAGUCCAUGCCAGUUCUGCUUAGUAGAAUCUAGCCGAUUACCUGCCCGAUACUCGUCCGCACUGUCACACGUACACAGGUACUGAAGAUGUUGCUUUUCAUUUUUUGGCUCCAUCUUGCUGCCAAACAUGCUUUCGAGAUUGAUCCUCCGAGUCCAAACAAUGUACAUUUUUAUGAAUUUUCAAAUUGGUGCUUUUAAAAAGUUCUGCAUGCUUGCCGGGAUACUUGCCUGAAAUGUUUCGGAAAUAAGCAAUACAUACAGAAAUAACAAAAAGGAUAUGGUAUGUCACAUGAUUCGAAAUGGCGUCAAGAAAUUCGCGUGAAGAAUAUGGUUGUUUCUGGUGGAACCUUUACGAUCUUAUUCCUUUAUGGUGAGAUACCAACAACGUUAUAUUGUAGAUGAAAGUUGAUAACUUUUUUCACUUUCACCGUGGAGUGUUCAUUGUUUUUUUGAGUUUACCCCUCCUUUGGACCGUGGAAAUAACUGCCGUGAAUGGGUUCCUAGAUUCCUACGCAGCCCGCAACGAACUAGAUCAAAUAUAUUGAUGACGUCAGCUUGGAGAACGGAUAAGUGUUUUUUUUGAGAUUUUAGAAGAUAACAGCAUAAUGACAAACCCUGAGACAUUCGUCCAAAACUAAGUUAUAAGACUAUUUAUUACGUUAUUUGUCAUAGCUUCUGUCUUAAAUAUAAUUCUGCUACCGUUUACACAACCACCAGGAAGGAGAGAGAAAGUAUAUGAAUUUGUUCUAUCAGUAUAACUUCUCAAUACUAGAUUCCUCAAAUUUUUUGGGACAUCCUGUAUCAUCCGAAUGAAUAUAUGAAUAACUUGUGUACAUAUUAUAAAUUAUUCGGUAUUACAAUAAACUAAUGUCAAUGAAACUGCUUGCUUUUCUUCCAUCUGUCUUAAGUACAGUUCUUGUAAUACACUUG